CUGCCUGUGACGUCUUUAGAAGCCAUCGAAGCGAAUACAUCCAAGAUGCACGUUGCACGCCCGCCUGCUGAGAGAGUCUAGGCACACACGAGCGAUAGUGGGGUAGUUCCCAAAAGGCUGUCAUGACUAUGGCGGGCUGGACCAUGGACGUGGCACUGAGCCGCAAACGCUCGCGCCUGGCCCUCGAAGAUGACGAGGAUCUGCCACCAAAGAGGGAGCCGUCGCCUGCGCCAUCUCCGUUUGGAGACACUCUGAAGAAAUCAAAGACACAGUGCGAGCUGGAGGAGCUGGAAAUCAUACGCCCGGAAGAUGCGUGGACCGUCGAUGUAGACGCCAUACUAGCCAGCAAUGUGCUCGCGGCGCCACCGGAUAGUAAGCUACAGGCACAUAAUAACUGGGCCAGAUACCAACGGGGCCAGUCGAUAACGGUACUGUGCGUGCAAGGUAAUGUUCAGAUACACUAUGAGCUGUUAUGCUCGGCCUUGCCAGACCUCUAUAAACUCUCGCCCUCACUCCAAGCCCUUGUUCUCUGCCAUGACCCUUCUACACAUCGCCUCUCUCCAUCUGCACCCUUUUCGCUCCCUUUGGUACAGGCUGCCACCACAUCCAACAACCAUUUUGUCCGGCUGGGUCUCUUGCAUCCUCUAGGCGGAGGAAAGUUCCCAUUAGAUGCGCUCGUUGUCCUGGAUAGAAAUGCAAAGAGGAGGCUGGUGUUGCCAUUUGGAUGGGGCGCUGGCAAACAUGCGGGCACGCCUGCGGGCCGGAGUAUACAGAUGACACUGAUGCGCUUACUGAGAAGUUGCGUUGAGCAAUUGCAGCAGGAAAGCUGAUAUUACAGAGAUUUCAAAGAAUAUCACGUGCCCCCUUUUGGCACACCGUUCAAAUCUAUACUGACUCUGGACCCGUAAUGCUCAGUUGUGAAGGAAUUG